UUGGAACCCUAGUAAGUAGGUCGCUAUCAAGGUCAUUAUAGAGUUGCCCAAAUUUCGUCCAGAAGCCAUAGUCUCACCGGUCUUGUACUUUGUAGUACAUGGGAUCGCAUAGUCCUUGAGAACUGGUUCUCCACGUGCUGCUGAACAGUUUUUUCACAAUUACAUCUCAGGCAAGCAUUGAUUUCCAACUAGUCAUAAACUAUGUGUAGACUGAUUUAGCUUUAUGUGAAAUAACGUGAAUAAAAUAUAUAUAUCGUUAACAUUUUACUGGCCCUACAUAACCCUUCUGAGCUUUCAAAUGGUUUGAAGAAUAUGGGUUUGGUAUGUUCUACCCAAUCUCUAUGAGACUAUCUGGAGCAUUGGAUUCAAGUAGGUAGUCCAUAUAUUACUCAAGACCUUGACACACUUGAUAUCUGGAGCUUUCAAGCUAAGUUAGUGAUGACUUUUUUCAAACUAUUCAACGACAAGCGGUUAACAUGCCUAAAUCUUUUUCCUGUACGGAAAAGCGGCACUUGCGAUUUGAAGUGAAGUUCAUGGAAGAGGAAUUUUCUACAACUAUCAAGGAAUAUCAGACCGUUUUAGAGUCAGUGGAUAAAAAGCUUACAUCAGUCAUUACUAACGAUCGAUUUCUUAAUGACCUUGUUCCGAAGUCGGAUCACGAAGUAGCUGAAUCCAUAAACCUGCCAAUAAAUAAAGAAGUGAUGAAUACCAUAGAAGUUCACUUUGGGCGAGCUAUGCGCCUAACGUUGUUGAGAGGAGAUGGUGUAAGACUACCUCUGGUAGUUCCUGUUGAUGCUCGUGUCUUGGAAUUGCGAUGGGCAGUACAAGAUGCAGUUACUUCAUACAUGAACCAUCUCUACAGUACACUAAAUUUACCGAAAGAUAAAGGUGAAGGGGGUUUCGCUGACUGUAUUUCACCCACCAAUAUUCCUCCAAAGUCGAUUAGCUGGCGUAAUUUGUGGAAAACAAAAUGUCUAGCUCUGGUGAACCCGAAUAGUUUGUGUCCACCAGAAGGUCUUCCAUCUAUCAGUGCUAGACUAGAUGUAUUAACUAAUAAGUUAUCAUAUCACCAAAUUCGUAAUGGUGCAAUGAUCACUUUUGCUCCUCGGCUUAAGCGAAAAUGAACGUCAAUAUGCUUUUGUUACGUCACUAAACUAUAUUUAAGUUUUCCUCCUUUGCGAUUUGAAUGUUUUUACCUACUAAAUAAAGCGCACGUAAUAUUUG